AUGGCGGCUCUGUACAUCCAUAGCUUUCUGUUUCUCCAGUGUCUGUUCAGUCUGUCCAUUCUCGGGGCCGCCGGAGACCUGACCGAUGGCAACAGCGAGCACGUGAAGCGGGAGCACUCUCUCAUCAAACCCUACCAAGGUGUGGGUUCUAGUGCAAUGCCACUGUGGGAUUUCAUGGGUAGUACAAUGCUGACCAGUCAAUACGUCCGUUUAACUCCAGAUGAGCGGAGUAAAGAGGGUUCUAUCUGGAACAGAAUACCUUGCUUCCUCAAGGAUUGGGAAUUACAUGUCCAUUUCCGGAUACAUGGAACAGGAAAGAAGAACUUACAUGGUGAUGGCUUUGCACUUUGGUAUGCAAAGGAUAGGCUAGAGCCAGGCCCUGUGUUUGGAAACCAUGCAAAAUUUCAUGGUCUGGCAGUCUUUGUUGACACCUAUCCUAACGAUGAAACAACAGAGCGUGUCUUUCCCUUUAUCUCUGCUAUGGUGAACAAUGGCUCCUUAGUGUAUGAUCACAGCAAAGAUGGGCGCACAGUUGAAUUGGCGGGUUGCACAGCUGACAUUCGCAAUGCCAACCAUGACACAUUUCUAGCCAUACGCUAUUCCCGUGGGCGUCUUACGGUGAUGACAGACAUUGAAGGUAAAAAUGAAUGGAAGAAUUGCGUCGACAUUUCAGGUGUUAGACUGCCAACAGGAUACUAUUUUGGAGCAACCGCUGCAACUGGAGACUUGUCAGAUAAUCACGAUGUUAUCUCUAUGAAGGUUUACCAGCUCAUGGUUGAACACUCACCAGAUGAUGAGAACAUUGACUGGACUAAAAUAGAGCCCAGUGUUAGCCUGUUAAAAUCUCCAAAAGAUAAUGUUGACGAUCCAACUGGCAACUUUCGCAGUGGCCCUCUAACUGGCUGGAAAGUAUUCUUGCUACUUCUCGCUGCUCUACUGGGUAUUAUAGUCUGUGCUGUAGUUGGAGCUGUAGUGUUUCAAAAACGUCAAGAAAGAAACAAGAGAUUCUACUAG